GUAUCUAUACAUUUGUAUCUAUAGUCAAUCCGCUAAACCCCACAUUACAAAAUCCUUUCUUUCCACACUUCAAAAUCUAUCAAGCUUUGAUCUUUUUCAUGUUUUCUUAAAAUUAAGCUAUAAAUUUAAUCUGGGUGUUGAUGAUAUGUAUAUCUUGAGAUACCCAGUUGGAUAUGUUUAGAGGAGCUCUUGGUAAAACUAGGCUCAUAUAUCGCUCCCUUAUUUCUAACUACGUUAAAACUGGUCUUAUUGAUAAAGCACUCCAAGUGUUUGAUGAAAUGUCUCACUCAAAUUGCAGAGUUUUUAGCAUCGAUUAUAACCGUAUUAUUGGUGUUUUAGUUGCCCAUUCUCGUUUUGAGUUGGUUGAAUUGUAUUAUGAUACCAUGUUUACAAAAGGGUAUUCGUUAAAUUCGUUUACUUAUUCGAGGUUUAUCUGUGGUUUAUGUAAAGUUAAAGACUUAACAUUAAUUAAUAAGCUUUUUAGUGAUAUGGAUAGGUUAGGUGUUGUUCCCGAUAUGUGGGCGUAUAAUAUGUAUUUGAAUGUUUUGUGUUCCGAGUGUUUGGUAGAUAUCGCUUUGAAAGUGUUGCACAGUAUGCCUGAGAAUGGGAGAAUGCCGGAUGUCGUUAGUUAUACUACGGUUAUUAGUGGGUUAAUGCAAGCUGGGAGAGUUGACGAGGCUGUUGAAAUGUGGCAAAUGAUGUUUGUGAAAGGUUUGAGACCCGAUGCUAAUGCUUGUAGAGCGCUUGUAUUGGGGUUAUGUGGUGUUGGGAAAGUUGAUUUGGCUUAUGAGUUGACAGUAGGUGUGAUGAAACUUGAUUUUAGUACGACGGUUUAUAAUGUUCUUAUUUGUGGGUUUUGUAAAGCUAAUCGGCUUGAUAAAGCACAAUCCAUUAUGAGCUUUAUGAGAAAGAAUGGGUGCCCGCCUGAUUUGGUUACUUAUAAUGUGUUGUUGAAUUAUUGUUGUGACAAGGUGAUGUUGGAUGAAGCUGAAAAGCUGAUUCGUGUAAUGGAACGGAAUGGAUUGAAACCGGAUAGUUAUAGUUAUAACCAAGUUAUUAAAGGUUUCUGUAAGGCUAAUCUUAUUGAAAAGGCAUAUAGAUUAAUGGUAAGAAAGAUGGAAAUGAAAGGUGUGGUUGAUGUUGUAUCAUAUAACACAAUAAUUAGAGCACUCUGCAAGGGUUCUCGGGUAAAAGGGGCGUACGAAUUAUAUGAAGAAAUGGGUCACCAAGGUAUUCUUCCUGAUAUUGUUACAUUUACCAUCCUUAUAAAAGCUUUUCUUAAUGACGGUAAUUCAAAUAUGGCAAAAACGCUUCUGGACAAGAUGACAGAGAUGGGUUUGGUACCUGAUCGUGUAUUGUAUACAACUAUUGUUGAUCAUAUGUGUAAAACAGGAAACAUAUCGAUGGCUCAUACCAUCUUUUGUGAUAUGGUAGAGCAGAAAAUCGCUCCGGAUGUUAUCUCUUACAAUGCUAUUAUUAGUGGAUUUUGUAAGGCUUCUAGGGUUAGUGAAGCCAUGAAUCUUUUUGAGCAGAUGAAAACUGAAGGUUUGUAUCCAGAUGAAGUGACCUAUAAACUGAUUAUUGGGGGACUUGUAUUCGAAAAGAAGCUCUCGUUGGCUUGUAUGGUAUGGGACCAGAUGAUGGAUAAGGGUUUUACUCUUGAUAGAGAUAUUUCAGAGACUCUUAUUAAUGCAAUCCAUUCGGAAGAUGCACCUGGCAUAGUUACAGAAAAAGGUUGAAAUAUAUUAUAAUAUGAUACAAGCUUUCUAAUGAGUGGUUAACCAUCAGCAUACAUUCCCUCUCUGGAGUCGGCUUUGGUGCGACCGUUAUCUUUUCAUUGAACUUUAAACUGCAUACCAAAGCAUCCAGGAGAAGAGAAUUCUUCAUGAAAUGAUUGCUUAGACUAUCUCCGAUCCAGUUACCGUCUUUAAUGGUUCCGCCGCAACCCCCUUAUAACCCCUUAUUUGCCACUGUCCUUAUCCUUGCUUCAUAAGGUUCCAACAUUUUAAUAAUCAGCCCCCACCCGGGAAAAUCCAAACCAAGCGCCUUAGCAAGACAAUCAAUCUUUGAAGGAGCUAAUUGCUUGCUGCUUCAUGUACAGAAUGCCGGAACCUCUAUCAGUAUCAAGGAAGACUCUAUGAGCUUAGGGAUGUUAUAUUGUUAUUAACAAAGUUCUGUCUUUAAGAACACACAUAAAUUAAUAUACAAAGCAAGUUGAAUACCCGUAGUAUUUAAGGCUAUGCUUUAUAAGACUUUCAAGUAGGAAGUUAUCUUGGAUCAUCAUAUUUGACAGUCAUCUGCAGAUUCCGAAAACAAAAGUCAAAAGAUACGAGUUAUAAAAAUGUUGAUAAAAUCAUUUGGAGGGAAUAGCACUUGGAAGUACUUUACCAUUACGUUUGAUCUUCUAAAGUUUCUGAGAUUUAAUCUGCCGCUCAUGAGUUCGAAUAGCAUCGAUUAAUUGUACUAGGUCUUCUUUGUGCUUAAAAGGUGAACCCCAUGAUGUAUUUUUGGUUUAUGAAUGCUGUAUGGGUAAAAGCCUCCUGCUAAAUGAGGCUUUAGAGGAUUGUUAUUUUUAUUCAGAGUUCUUAGAAGUUGUCUCA